ACACGGCUGCAGGAGAGUUACCCGCCCACCCCUCUCCAGCAACCCGCGGGACUCCAGGUGGCUGCCACUUCUCCAGAGGUCAGGGAAAGCGGUGGCCGCCCUCGGGCGCAGCUUCGCCCACAAGUUCUCAGCGGGCCUCAAAGUUGCCAUGUAGUGGGGGAUGGCUUUGAACUCGUGAUCCUCCCGCCUCCACCUCCCACGGACUGGGAUUGCAGUUGAGCAUCGCCACGACAAUCUUUUCUCCCACUUUGUUUAGCUACUGGCCGGAUGGAGCCCAGCACUUCAACCAGGAGGCGGUUCACCAUCAAUGACUUUGAAAUAGGGCGCCCUCUGGGCAAGGGGAAAUUUGGGAACGUGUACCUGGCCCGGCUCAAGGAAAACCAUUUCAUCGUGGCCCUGAAGGUCCUGUUCAAGUCCCAGAUCGAGAAAGAGGGAUUGGAGCACCAGCUUCGAAGGGAAGUGGAGAUCCAGGCGCACCUCCAACACCCGAACAUCCUCCGCCUGUACAACUACUUCUACGACAAACGCCGGGUGUACUUGAUUCUGGAAUACGCUCCGCGGGGCGAGCUGUAUAAGGAGCUCCAGAGGAUGCAGAGACUCAAUGAGCAGCGCACAGCCACGAUAAUAGAGGAGGUGGCGCUUGCCCUGACCUACUGUCAUGAGAAGAAGGUCAUUCACAGGGACAUCAAGCCAGAGAAUCUCCUGCUGGGGCUCAUGGGUGAAGUGAAGAUAGCAGACUUUGGUUGGUCUGUGCACACGCCCUCUCUCAGGAGAAAGACAAUGUGCGGUACUCUGGACUACUUGUCCCCAGAAGUAAUUGAAGGGAGAACGUACGAUGAGAAGGUGGACCUGUGGUGUGUUGGGGUGCUCUGCUAUGAGCUGCUGGUGGGCCAGCCACCCUUUGAGAGCAGCACCCACAGCGAGACUUACAAACGUAUCCUCAAGGUGGACUUGAAGUUUCCGGAAUCAGUGCCCUUGGGAGCCCAGGACUUGAUCUCCAAGCUGCUUAGAUACAAUCCCUCAGAGCGGCUGAACUUGGCCGAGACCCUGAAGCACCCCUGGGUGCGGGAACACUCACGUAGGGUUCUGCCUCCUGUUGCUCAGGUGGUUUCCUGAGCCCUGUCUGCCUCUGUUCCUUUCUUCAGGGAGCUCUCUGGGCUCUGUCUUCUCAUCUCUUCUGCCUUUUAAGAUGCAAAUUAAAUAAAAGUGUUUUUACCUGUUUUCUCCUUUAA